GAUCAGGGCUUUGUUUGUAUACAUGUUUUUUGUAUUAAGGAUAUAUGCCGAAAUAACUGACUAAUGCACUGUCACCCCCAGUUUAGUACCCAUGGUUUUUUGAAAACUUGGAACUAACACCAGCCUCACUUGACCUCCACAACAUUAAUUAAUUAACUCCAUAAUGGUCUAUCUUGGAGGGCUCCCUCCAGCAAUAUUCUUUUGACCUACUCUUUUUCCCAAACUGAUAAAGUUCAUCUGCACAAGCAAAUUUCAUCCUUUGGCGCAAUACAAUUUCUGGUUAUAAUCUAAGUAUCUACUGACCAAUUAGAUCGAAAAUCUCUGCAAAUCUCUUACAUAUGAUAGUGCAGUAGUUCCUAGCUCUUAAUUUGUAAUUACUUAAAUCCGAUUUUGGUGAGGCACGAGCAUAACGAACCUAUUGGUGUUUAUUUCCCUUUUAAAUACAACAUUACGCCAUCUAUGAGGACUAUGUGUGGGCCCAAUUUGAGUGAAAUCAAAGGUUGUCGAGUCCUGAAGCGUGUUUGGCAGAUAAUGUCAUGAUAUGCUAACUCUGGUUUUCCAGAGCAAACUGCCACACAAUAAUAUUACUUUUACAUCUGAUAUGGCCCAAUUGGUCGAGAUAACAAUGUCCCAAAUUCAAGCCUUUUCCUGUUGUGCAUGAGCCUAUAUAAAGCCAACAACUCCAAAGUGAUCUCAUUCAAAAUUACGGAGUCGUUCACUAACCAAGACACGUUGAGGAACAUGCAAAAAUGGUCUUCCAGUACUUAGUUGGAGGAGCUACUGUCGUGGCCUCUUUGUUUCUUGGAUAUGUUUUUCUGCAUAAUUCGAGAAGAGGGAAAAGUCGCAGAGAUUCCACGAAGAUUCAGAGAGAUGGGCUUGUCGCGGGUGAAGGGGGGGCCGACGUUAUCAUUGUUGGAGCGGGAGUUGUCGGGUCUUCUCUAGCUUAUGCUCUUGGGAAGGAUGGGCAAAGAGUGCAUCUGCUCGAAAGAGACCUGUCCGAGCCCGACAGAAUAGUUGGCGAGCUUCUGCAACCUGGAGGGUAUCUCAAAUUAGUCGAGUUGGGUCUUGAAGAUUGUGUUAAGGAAAUCGAUGCGCAGCAAGUCUUUGGGUAUGCCCUGUUCAAGGAUGGCAAGAAGACGAGGAUCCCGUACCCGCUAGAGAAUUUCCCAUCAGAUGUUGCCGGAAGAAGCUUCCAUCACGGGAGAUUUAUCUGUAGAUUGAGAGAAAAGGCUUCCUCUCUUCCCAAUGUAAAAAUGGAACAAGGUACGGUAACUUCUCUGCUCGAAGAAAAUGGGAUGAUCAAAGGCGUGCGUUACAAGACCCAAAUUGAUGCGGAGCUCACCGCACAUGCAGCCUUGACAGUAGUCUGCGAUGGUUGUUUCUCAAAUCUCAGACGGUCUCUCUGCAAUCCCAAGGUCGAGGUGCCUUCGUGUUUUGUUGGGUUAGUACUAGAGAACUGUCAGCUUCCAUUUCCUAACCAUGGCCACGUUAUCCUCGCGGACCCUUCACCGAUCCUGUUCUACCCCAUCAGCAGCAGUGAGAUUCGAUGCCUAGUUGAUGUUCCAGGCAAGACAGUGCCUUCUGUCUCUAACGGGGAAAUGGCAAGUUACUUGAAGACUGUAGUUGCUCCGCAGAUACCUGCCGAACUUUAUGCUUCCUUCCUAUCGGCUAUUGAGAAAGGAAGUAUCAGACCAAUGGCCAAUAGAAGUAUGCCUGCCGAUCCUCGUCCGACCCCUGGAGCCCUUCUGAUGGGUGACGCGUUCAAUAUGCGCCACCCUUUGACUGGUGGAGGAAUGACUGUGGCAUUAUCUGAUGUUGUGGUGCUCCGUGACCUGUUGAAGCCUCUGAGAGAUUUCAAGGACUCGUCUGCCCUCUGUGCAUAUCUAGAAUCCUUCUAUACUCUCCGAAAACCUGUGGCGUCGACUAUAAAUACAUUAGCAGGAGCACUUUACAAGGUUUUCUGCGCAUCUCCUGAUCCUGCGAGAAAGGAAAUGCGGCAAGCAUGCUUUGACUACUUAAGCCUGGGAGGGAUAUUCUCAACCGGCCCCGUGGCUCUUCUCUCGGGUCUGAAUCCUCGUCCCUUGAGUUUGGUUCUCCACUUCUUUGCCGUGGCUAUUUAUGGUGUUUGGUGCCUAGUAUUUCCAUUACCGUCCCUAAAACGUGCAUAUACUGGAGCUAGAUUGAUCUCGGGCGCAUCGAGCAUCAUAUGUCCUAUAAUCAGAGCUGAAGGGGUCAGGCAGAUGUUCUUUCCUUUCACCAUAGCAGCAUAUUACCGAGUUCCACCUGCCAUUUGAAGCACGUUUCCAAUAAGUCAGAGAAAAUGUUUCUUCUCAUGUAAUUCUUUUUCAUGGUAAGGUCUUCUUGUGUAAUUCUAAUCUACUUAGAUCAUUCCGAGUGAUUGUCUACCAUUUUCAGAAACGAAUCUGAAAGUAAGUAUAUAUAUAUAUAUAUAUAUAUAUAUAUAUAGUCCGUUAAAAUAUAUAUAGUCUACCGAUCUGUUGGCGGCCUCUAUCACGCCUGAGCCCUGGGUACAGGUCUUGGGACUUCGACAGCUUAUUGUUGUACUUGUAUGUCUGGUUAUAUGUCGGGAUAUAUAUUCAAUA